UCAUCUGAUGGAAGUCACAGAGACACCACGUCCUCGGCCAAUCACACUCGUGUACCCCUCACCACACACACACACACACACACACACACACACACGGUGUGAGACAUUGAAGACACGUUGGAAGAGACUGGAUGAGACGUUGACUGCAGAGACAGAGCUGCUCUUUUCUCAGGUUUAAAUUCUCACAUCUUCACAUCUUACUGUGUUUGUCAUUUAUCUUCCGCUCUCUGUAACAGUCACUUAAAAUGGUUGACUGGGACAAGAAAAUGGUGCUCUUCCUGGUCUUCUGUUCUAUUCUCGGUCUCUUUUUUUUUUUUAAUUCACAGUGAUCUGGAUCAUCUGUCGUCAGCAGAACUCGGACGAGUCGGUACACAAUGAAAUGCCAGUUAGUUUUGCCUUUGCUGCUGCUUUGGACACUGUCAGGUUCAAACGGUCAUAUUACAGUGACAACUGAACCAGGUGGGAUUCGGGUGCAUUGUGGAGAAAAUACAUAUACUACAGAGAAUCAGACGUCUCUGGAGUUGCCUUACGAAGACGGAAAUUCAGGAAACUACAAAUGCGAAAACACAAGUGUCCCAUCGCUCAAUGAAGAAAUCUACGUGAAGUUUCGAACCUGUGACAACUGCAUUGAGUUCGACACAGGUUCAAUAGCAGGCUUAGUUAUUGGAAAUGUGGUGGCUACGGUUGCGAUCGGAGUGGCUGUCUAUCUCGUUGCAUCCCUCAGUGGUCCAGUUAAGGCUCAGAAGACAGCUUCUGGUCGACAGCAUAAUAUUGUUCCCAAUGAAAGGAACAGCAGAGCCCCCAAUGAACAUUACCAGCGCCUGAAGUUCAAGGCCGGUGGUCAGAAAGACGAGUAUGAUGUCAUUAAAAACAGAAGGGGACUCUCCUCCUGAUUCACUCCCACGCUCAUGUUGUGCGACCGCUGAAAACACACUGUACUGUAUAUGCUCUUCUUCUUCUUCUUCUUCUUCUUCUUCUCCGCUGCAUCGCAAACAUCAGUAGGCGCGUGUUCCUGUGGUCAGUGUUGUGGCAGCACGCCUGCAGAUGUGUCGCUUGGUCAAAGAGUGUCGCUCUGCUUUGAUGUCAUUUGUCGUUUUGACAUAGUAUUACUCAGACUUACCACUCGCAUGUUGAGUGACCUGAUUCCUGUAUUGCAUUUGCUUAUAUUAAAAAAACGCGUAAAGACACACAAA